AUGUCUUUUCCAAAAACGCAGCCCGAUUGGAACAAUCUUGAUGUCCUCCAUCGCAAUACUCUCCCGCCGCGUGCUCACUUUUACCCAUUCACCACGAAGGAAGGGGCAAUCUCCUUGAAUCGUGAGAAUGCUCAAUUCCAAUCACUCAAUGGGACAUGGAAAUUUCGUCACGAUGUCUCGCCAUUAGAACUCCCUGAUUGGAAAAACCUCGACCCAAUAACCUGGGCUAGUAUAACAGUUCCCGGCAUGUGGCAGCUUCAAGGUUAUGGCCGGCCGCUUUACACCAACGUCAAUUACCCUUUCCCCGUGGACCCCCCCAAUGUUCCAUUUCUUAAUGAGACGGGGUCUUACUGGCGCCAAUUCACCACAAACAAAGAUUGGCAAGGGCAGCAGAUCCGGUUACGUUUCGAAGGCGUUGAUAGUUCGUUUCACGUCUGGGUCAAUGACAAUGAAAUUGGCUAUAGCCAAGGCAGCAGAAAUGCUAGUGAAUUCGACAUUACCCCAUUCCUUAGGGACACAGGGGCAAUCAACACAAUUGCAGUCCGCGUAUACCAAUUCUGCGACGGAUCCUACCUUGAACGCCAAGAUCAGUGGCUUCUCUCCGGGAUCUUUAGAGACGUUUACCUAGUCGCGUUUGCCAUUCCAUCUAUCACGGAUUUCACCAUUCUACCUCAGGUAGAUGAGUCUUUGACAAGAGGUGUUGUCUACGUUGAUGUCUCCCUCCAUGGAAGCGACUGUGAGGAUGUCACCGUCGUGUUACGGAGUCCUACUGGCGAUGUCUUACAGGAGGGACAAAUGAAAUCGACUGCGAUGGGUACCCUCACAGUUGAAGGCGCAUCUCUUCAGCUAUGGUCUGCCGAGAAGCCGAUUCUUUAUACCCUACUCCUGACAGUGGGAGACUGCACUGUUGCUCAGCGAAUAGGAUUCCGUCGGGUUGAGAUGAAGGGAGCCAAUUUUAUGGUCAACGGGAGUCCUAUCAUUUUAUAUGGCGUCAAUCGUCAUGAGCAUCACUCCCUUUAUGGCAGAGCCGUGCCGUACGAAGAUAUGAGAGCAGACAUCAUUAUGAUGAAGCAGCAUAACAUCAACUCACUGAGGUGCUCUCACCAACCAAAUGACCCCCGGCUCUAUGAAGUUUGCGACGAGCUCGGCAUCUACAUUAUGGCGGAGGCGGAUCUUGAAACUCAUGGUUUCGAUCCUGUAGAAAGAACGGCCAUAAAUGACGCGCACCUCAUGGAUGGCCGGGAACUUCAGGAGCUUUCCUUCGAUCGCGCGAAAAGGUGGACAUCAGAUAAUCCCGACUGGUACGAUGCCUAUAUGGAUAGAGCUUCUCAGCUUGUGGAACGGUUCAAAAAUUAUACUUGCAUUAUCUUUUGGUCUCUUGGUAACGAGGCGUUUUAUGGACGAAACCACGUGGCCAUGUAUCGUUGGAUCAAAGAGAGAGACCCUAGUCGGCUCAUCCACUACGAGGGAGAUCGUAAAGGCACAUCGACCGACUUUUAUAGCGUCAUGUACGCCACGCCCGAUGGACUGAAGAAGCAUAUCGCCGAACAUUCAGAUCGGCCAUUGAUACAGUGCGAAUACGGCCAUGCCAUGGGAAACGGACCGGGAGGGCUGACUACCUACAUUGAGUUGUAUCGGUCUGAGCCGCUCCUCCAAGGUGGCUACGUCUGGGAAUGGUGUAACCAUGGGCUCCUCAAACGAGAAGGCAAAUUGUCGUACUUUGCGUACGGUGGCGACUUUGGGGAUACCCCCAACGAUCGUGACUUCGUUAUGGAUGGCCUAGUCUUCUCUGACCAUUCUCCUACACCCGGGCUACUUGAAUACAAAAAGUGUAUCCAGCCGGUAUCCAUCCGGCUUGGAUGCGGUAAGCUGCAUAUUCAUAACCACUACGACUUUAGCGACCUGAGCCAUCUUUUUGCGACUUGGCAUUUGGUUCAAGAGUUGGGCAACACCAAUCCCACAAAGUUCGAGCUACCACAGAUUACCCCGGGGGCAGAAGCCGUUAUUGACCUUCCCGACUGGGGCGGUGAAUUACAUGGAGACACUUGGCUCUCGAUCCAUCUCUAUCUGAGAAACGAAAGUGCUUGGGCACCUCAAAGUCACGAAAUUGCCUGGACUCAAAUUCCCCUGUUGGAGAACCAUAGAUUUGAGCUACCAUCGGUUGUUGCCGGUGACAUCAAUGGGCCUUCAAUAUAUGAACAACCAGGGCGUCUAGUAUUGACGUGGCCAAGCUGCAAUGAGAUAUUCACUUUCAAUCUUGUCGAUGGAAACUUUACCUGGGCCAAUAAAAAGGGCGUUAUUCUCGCCAGAGGGCCAGAACUGGGCUUAUACCGCGCCCUUACGCAGAAUGACCUUGGUUUUGGUGGGGACGGCAAAGAAUGGUUGAAGUUUAGGCUCGCCGAGACCAAAAUGCAUGUACGCGGGUUCACUUGGUCCGUGAACGGAGACGGUACCAUGACUGUCAAGGCGACUGUCAGGGUCGCUCCCCCGGUCUUAGAGUGGGCAUGCAAUGCCGAACUUAUUUACACGCUUGGUAUAGGCAAUAUGUCCAUUCGCGCAAAGGGAAGCUUCUCUGGGACUGUUCCUCGUCACAUCCCACGUGUUGGUCUCACUAUGUCGUUGCCAAAGGAAUUUAACAGGGCAACAUGGUAUGGUCGGGGCCCUGGAGAAUCCUACAGAGACAAGAAACAAGCCGCCAGAUUUGGUAGGUGGGAGGCCUCAAUUGACGAUCUUCAGACCAAUUAUGAAUGGCCCCAAGAAAAUGGAAAUAGGAGUGACGUGCGUUGGGUUCGGGUCGAAGCAAAUGACGCUAUUCUAGAGGCUCGUAUGGAUGUGCCACUGAACUUCUCACUCAGAAAAUACUCUACGGAUGAUUUAGACAAGUCAACUCAUCCCCAUGAGCUGACAGAGUUGGACGAGGCAGUGUUGAACUUAGAUUUUGCUCACCAUGGUCUAGGAAGCGGAAGCUGUGGGCCUCUGGCAUUUCAGGGAGAUCGCCUGAGUCCUGGGCCCUUUGAUUUUACCGUAUUCUUUAAAGUUAAGUAG